AUGUUUGGCUCUGUGGAAGACUAUGGAGAGAUGUUUCAAGACACUGUUACUCAGACUAGAGGCGCAUCACUCUCUUCAGAAAAUCAAAUUGGAAAUCCUGUUGUCUACAAGCUUGUUCGAGUUGCACAAGAUGGGAGGCUAGUUCCAGCAACUGAUGAAGAAAUGUUGGAGGUUAAGGACUUGGUUGAGAACAACGAGAAUGAUAUGCCUAUUGUAGCGGAUCCUGGACAGACUGAGGAGUGCAUUUUCGAUGAAGGGUCGCCUUCUCAGUUUCUGCAGCUAGAUAGUUUUGAAGGCUUAUUCCAGCCGGAAACUGCAGAAGCAUACACAGAAAAUUUGAAUUCUCGACUUGAGUGUAAAGAGGAGUUGGCGUAUGGAUCUCAGAUGCUUGUUACUUUUCCGGAUACCAACUACUAUCAAAGCUCCAGUGAAUUGCCUUGGAAUGAGGAGUUUGUCCAAUCCGAAUUUUUGCUCCAGGAACCUGUUUGUUUUUCAUCAGAUGGAUGCAGUAUAGAUCAGUCUAUGGAUGUGUCACCAUACUCAAUUGCUACAGGUGGUAGUAGUCCUAAAGUACCUGCAUUGUCAACAACUACCCCAAACCCUGGAGUUUCUAGAGAUACAGACAAUAUAUGCUUGGGUAAUCUUUCUAUUAAAGCAUUGCAAGAAACAUUCAGAACCACGUUUGGUCGUGAAACUACUUGCAAGGACAAACUCUGGCUCAAAAGGAAGAUCAAAAUGGGACAGGUUAAUCCAUGUGCUAUGCCAACAACUACCCUGACAGAUAAUGACACCAAACUGACUCUUGGAGGUCAAGAUAGCAAGGCUGAUUGCAUAAAGGGACAUCCAAAUGAUUGUCCUGUUGAAGCUUUUGUAGACCAUUAUUCUGGAAGUGAAGAUUUUGAAGGUGAACAUAGGUCUGCGAAAAGAGUUAGGAAGGCUACAAGGAGAUACAUCGAAGAGAUUUCAAAAGUUGAUGAAAAACAGCAAAGUAAUGAGUCAGUGAUUCCUUCAAAAGAUGAGAGGUCUAUCAGCAGCGCCGUUUCUUCAGGAAGGAGAGUUGUUGUCACGAGGAUGAUAUCCUUUGCUGGUUCCAGAAUUCAAGUUCCAUAUGUUUCUCAUGUGAGGAGAAGCCGUCCCAGGGAAAACAUAAUGGCUCUUGGGGAAUUUCAUUCCGGUUUAUGGGAGGUUAAAGCUACUCGAGAAGAGAGUAAGCUGAAUCUAAGCCAGUCUCACUUGAACAAUGACGUGAAGCGAGUUUCAGGUGUCAAAUCUGUUUCUGGACCUGUCAAGAAAAAAUUAACUACUCAUCGUCAGAGCUACAAGGACCAUUCAAAACCUGAGGUGGACCAAGACUUCAUGGAGCCAGAGCACAUGGACUCAUCUGGAGAUAGCUCAGAUGAUAGUAAUUACAAUCACGCUGAUCUACCAAUUACGGCAAGUGCAAUGAGAAGGAAGCAUCAUCGAGCUUGGACACUCUCUGAAGUUAAAAAGCUAGUGGAAGGUGUGUCCAAAUACGGAGUUGGGAAAUGGUGUGUGAUCAAAAGGCUUUCAUUUCCAUCAUACUCGCAUCGUACCCCUGUGGAUCUCAAGGACAAAUGGCGAAAUUUACUUAGGGUAAGCUUGGCUCGGACUCCUUUAAACAAUAUGGGGAGUGUGAGGAAACAAGGGUCGAUAGCUAUACCAAGUCAGGUUCUGUCACAGGUAAGAGAGCUUGCUAAGAAGAAAUCACAUGUUUCACCGGCAAGGAAGGCUAGAAUGGUGAAGGCAUCAUCAAGACACGGUUUCUUGUAG